AUGGUAAUUCACAAUUCAGUUUCAAAUAAAAAAGGAAAUAUCUGGUUAUUUUGGAAUAGAAAUUUGCCUACUCCUACAGUAGUAUCAAUAUCAAGUCAAAUGAUUACAGUUGAUAUUGGUGGAGUUCUUAUUUCUGUUGAGGAGAAAAUUGGGGGUAAGAACCCAAAUAGAAGUGCAAUGAUGGACUUUAAUAAUUAUUUAGAUACUUGUGAAUUGAUUCAAGCUACUCAAACUGGUCUUAUGCAUUCAUGGUCUAAUUUCAACAUGGUAGCAAAAGGAUAUUAUCAAAAACUAAAAAAGCUAAAAAAGAUUCUUAGGGAGUGGAAUUGGAAUGUGUUUGGUAAUAUAAAUGUACAAGUUAAGGAGGCUGAAGCUAAAGUACAAGAUGUUAUGAUCAAUUCAGAUAGUAAUCCAUUUGAUGAAGAAGCACUUAAUACUCUGGUAGCAGCACAAAAUUUGUAUAAUUCUAAAGAAGUACAACUAAACACCUUUCUGAAACAAAAAUCAAGAACAAAGUGGAUCAAAGAUGGUGCAGCAAAUACUGGAUUUCUAUAUGCUAAUCUUAAAAUUAGACAAGCAAGAAAUAUUAUCAAGGUGAUUACAAAAGAAUAUCAGGAAAUGAUAGAAGAAAUUCCAAGUACAGAUGAAAUUAAAGCAACAAUCUUUGCUAUGGAUCAAGAUAGUGCUCCAGUUAUGAUAAAUGGUGGUCCUUGUGGCUUCUUCUCAGUUGGAGGAGGAUUAAGACAGGGUGAUCCCCUGUCUCCCUUUUUUUUGUUAAUGGAAGAAGCAUCGAAUAGAAGAAUAACUCAAAUGGUGAAUGAAAAACUAAUCUAUCGAAUGGUUGAAAGGAAAGGUAUACAUCUAACUCACUUAUUCUUUGCUGAUGAUGUUUUCAUUUUCUGUAAUGGAGCUAAAAAGAGCACUUUAAAUCUCAUGAAGCUACUUGAAGCUUACCAGAAAUGUUCAGUACAAACUAUUAAUAAACAAAAAAGUAAAAUUUUCAUUGAUGGUACUUCUGAAUUGAGGAACAAUCAAAUUAAAGAUAUGAUUCAAAUGGAAAGAAGUGUAUUCCCGGAUAAAUAUCUUGGAGUGAUUCUCAUUGUUGGCAGAGUGAAGGUAUCAACAAUAUGGCCUAUGGUUGAGAUGAUGCAAAAGAAACUUGCUACUUGGAAAGGUGAUGGUGAUAUAAGACAGUACAACAAAUUUUCUUGGAAAAGAGUUUGCACACCAUUAAGUGAAGGAGGCUUAGCAAAAUACAAGGACAAAAAUGGUCAAUGGAGUACAAAGUGGAAAAAAUCUACUGUGUGGCCAGGUUUAAAAUGGGCUUGGGAGGCACUUAAAGGUGAUAUCAUAUGGAAUGUUGGUGAUGGAGCGAAAAUCUCUGUCUGGUUUGACUUGUGGAUUGGAGAUUGCAGUCUCAUUGGUAGAUUUGGAAACAUUUCUUAUAUAUCUGAAAAUCUUAACUUAAAAGUUUCUGAUAUUUUGAUAGAUGGAAAAUGGUCUUUAGAUGUUGAUCUUCAACAGCUGCUACAAAAUCUCAGAAUGCCAGAGGUCCUUGGAGGUGAAGAUAUUUUAUUAUGGACAGGCAACUUAAAAGAAGAAUUCUCAAUUCCUGAGGCUGUGAAUAAACUGAGGCACAAAGAAUUUUCAGUAAGCUGGUCCAGGUAUAUAUGGAAACCGUUUAUUCAUCCUUCAGUAGCAAGCAAUGUAUGGAAGCUUAUUCAGGGGGUGUAUAUGGAUGACACUAUCAUGGUUAUAAAUGGUUAUGAUAUAGUCUCAAGAUGUUGUAUCUGUGAGACAGAACAAGAUAGUAUGCAUCACGUGUUAUGGGAAUGCAGAUUCAGUGUAGAAGUUUGGAGAUGGAUAUGCAACAUAUUUAAAUUUAAUCUUCCAAAUUCUUUUGUUGAAGUAUGGAAAAGUACUUCAAACAAGAUUCCUCUGGUUAAAAAAGUAUGGAUUACUGCAGUUUGUGUCAUUUUAAAGGAAUUAUGGUUUCAUAAGAAUAAAAUACUUUUUGAAGUUAUUAAGCCAAAUAUGAAUGGAUUUAAAUGCAGAAUACUAAAAUUAGUGCAUGAAGGAGGGUUGAGAAUCACAGGAACCAAAUGGUGUCAAAACUAUGACCAAGAAAUAAUUUCUAGAUUUCAUUUGGGUCUUAGAAUGUCCGGGUUUCAGUGUACUAAUAAAUGCAAUUGGCUUCCACCUGAACAUGGUUUCAUAAUGUUAUGUUGUGAUGGCUCUUCUUUUGUAAAUCAUGGUUCUGCAGGAUUUGGAGUUGUUGUUAGAGAUUCACAAUGUCAGGUAGUUGGAACUCUAACUGGUGGUAUUUGA